UAAGAGAAGUUCCAACAAUACACCUGUGCAAAAUAGAGAAAACUUGCACUUCACUUCUGCCCCUCACAGUGGGUUACGAACAGUUUAGAUGAAAAGAUUAUCAUUAGAUAAUUCUUCAAUGCAGAAAGGAUAUAUUGGAUGUUGUCUGAAGAUGGGAUGUUUCUGAUUGGAAAGAGAGGGAGACAAACAGGAUGGAAAAUAAAUAAGAUUGCAUCUUCUCUGCACCCAUGGGGUCUUGGGACAGAAACAAGAUUAUUCUUUUAGAGAUGGUGAAACAGUCCAAUAACAGUUUUUGUGCUGAUUGUGGGGCACCUGAACCAGAUUGGGCCUCCUACAAACUGGGUGUGUUUGUGUGCAUGAGCUGCUCAGGCACGCACAGAGACUUGCCAAACAUCAGCCGCAUCAAGUCCAUACGUUUGGACAACUGGGAAGAUGACUUGGUUGAGUUUAUGAGGCGCCAUGGCAAUUCAACUGUCAAAGCCCAUUAUGAGAAGUUUGUUCCAGCUUUUUACUACAGGCCAAAACAACAUGACUGUGUAGUCCUCAGAGAGCAGUGGAUUCGAGCAAAAUACGAGCGGUGUGAGUUCACAGGAGAGCACAUGCACCUCCAAAAGAUUUACAGUUCAGGUUGCUAUGAAGGGACCUUGUGGAAGAAAGGCAAAGCUAAUAAGCAGUUCUUGAAAAGGAGAUUUGUCCUUUCUGAGAAAGAACUCACACUUGUGUACUUCAACAAAGACGAUCUGUCCAGAGGGCCCAAAGCAGUCAUCCCAGUGAGAGAUCUGAAUGCAUCUUUCCAGCCAGAGAAGAUAGGCCACCACCAUGGCCUACAGAUCUCCUAUGUAAAAGAGGACCACACCAGAAACCUCUUUGUCUACCACGAGAGUGGCCAGGUGAUUGUGAACUGGUUCAAUGCGAUCCGGGCAGCCCGCUAUGCAUACCUGAAGAUGACCCUCUCCCCACCCAAUGACAGUGAACUUCUACCAUUACUAACUAGAAGCAGUAUCAAAGAGGGCUACAUGGAAAAGACUGGGCCAAAGCAAAGGGAACCUUUCAAGAGAAGAUGGUUCAUUCUUUGUUCUGUGGACAGGAGGCUGCUCUACUUUAAAACACCAAUGGAUGCCUUGGAGUUGGGUGCUGUGUUUAUCGGCACUGAAGCCCAUGGCUACUCGGUGAGAGAGAGCGUGCCCAAACGCGCCCGAUGCAAGUGGAGGUGUGGGAUCGUGGUGGAGACGCCGAACAGGCAGUUUGUGUUCAUGUGUGACCGGGAGCAGGAGCAGAGGGAGUGGAUCGGGGCCUUCAGAGAGGUCAUGGCUUUGCCCAUGCUCCCUCAGCACUAUGCCCUGGAAGCAGACAUGAGCCGCAGGAAAUCAUGAAGAGAGGAGGAGGGCAAACAAGAAGAUUGUUUAUCUUUGCAAAUGUAUUUGCCUUUUAAAGAUGGCCCUUUACAGACUUUUAAAGAUCUGUGAAUGUGCAUACAAUUUAUGUGUUGGUACAUUGUAGGCCUAUCAUAUGGGGUUUAAGUCCUCGAAUGCAUUUUUGUUUGUUUUACAUUAAUCGAGCCAGAACCCGCUAUUUCAUCAUUGGACUGUACCUGGAGAAGAUGACCUGCAUUUCCUUGCCAGUCAUAUAGCUGACUCUGAUUAUAUUAUUUGAAAACCAUAACAAGUUGGCCGUUUUUAUGAAAGUUGGCCUUAUGGAAUUUGUUUUUGACAUGAAAUAAAAGAGUCUAAAUGAA